UCAGGAUCUGCCCCUGCCAGAAUUACCCUUUACCCAGCUGGAGUUGAUCUUAGCACAGUUGCUGAGUUGGCUUUAUUCGUUUCUUCUUUAUCUUGGGAGUUCUGCCAAAUUUCUGUGGGAUGUAAAUCCUGCAUUCUUUGUGCCCACUAUCAGUGGUACGUCCUUCUUCCCAAGCUUUGUUAACCUCCCCCUAAGUCUGAGAUCACUGAAGCAUGUCCUGCCCUAAACCUUAACAAGGCAACUCUAACAACAAAUAAUUUUUCUAACACCCGGACAUCACUUGGAGCUUGUUGACUUCCCUCUGUUUCUUGGAUUAAAUCUCCCUUCUUGUUGAUUAGGCUCGAAAGUAUUACAAAGAUCAAACACUACAGAACAUCCUCUCUUAAGAAAAUUUUACAUGUCCCACAUUUUACAACAAUAACACACUGAUGGUUUGGGUGCUCAGUCGUGUUUAUCCCGUGUCUGGGGCUGUUCUCGUUCCAGGAGCAGCAGAAGCCAAAGCAGGAGAUAGGAGGGUUCAGCCUCCUGCAGAGGCUGCAACUCUGUGAGAUCAGAGCAGCUCCUGCCUGCAUGGGCAAGGAAAAAGACCUCAACAAGGUGUUAGAAGACCCAAGACCAAAAACUGGACCAAGAGAACGCGUCGAGGGGCAGGUGCAGCUCCAGCCCCAGACAUGUCCUGCUACACCCCGUGCCGGCCCUGCCAGCCCUGUGGCCCGACCCCGCUGGCCAACAGCUGCAAUGAGCCCUGUGUCAGGCAGUGCCAGGACUCCACCGUGGCCAUCCAGCCCUCCCCCGUGGUGGUGACCCUGCCCGGGCCCAUCCUCAGCUCCUUCCCACAGAACACCGCCGUGGGAUCCUCCACCUCCGCUGCCGUUGGCAGCAUCCUCAGCUCUCAGGGAGUGCCCAUCAACUCCGGGGGCUUUGGCCUCUCUGGCCUGGGCAGUGGCCUCUGUGGCAGGAGCUGCUUCCCCUGCUAAAGCUGCUGGCCCUGGCCCUGCAAGGAACCCAGGGACACACAGGAUGGAACCGCCCUGGGGACGCAGCAUCGGCUUCUGCUUCCAGAGCGGCUGAGCCAGCCCAGCAGCCCUUGCAGAAGGCCGGGGCCAGCCUGGGCUCUGGGCAAGCACGGCCCAGCCCUGCCUCUGCCCUCUGCCACUCUCUCCUUUCCCUCCUGUGUCCUUGUUCCCUUCUGCUCCUGUGGGCUCUCAGCCCCACAGAACCAGCCUGGGGAGGACCUGCUGGCCCUGUUCCCUCUCUGGAUCAGGAAGAUGGGAUCUCUGCCACAGCCAUGGACACACACUGUUGUCUGCCCUUAGUUCUUCCUGCGCUGGAUUCCCCACUCUGACCGACCUCAUUUUCAUCUUUUCACUGAUUAAAGUU